UUGGCGUUUUAUUCCUCGCACUGCAUUUCUCAUGUCGCUUUAAUGUGGCAUUCAGCUUGUCCUUGGCGGCCGGCUUAAAAGCAUGCGCUCCCUCGGCCUCAUGUGGCAGCGCGCACGCCGCAGCACUGCACGGGUCGCUUCCCUGGCAUCCAUGUCGCUCGCGGGGGACGUGUGCGUGGUGACGGGCGCGUGCGGAUUCCUCGGCGCGAGGCUGGUCAGGCUGCUGCUGGAGGAAGAGAGACUGUCGGAGAUCCGACUGCUGGACAGAAACGUCCCGCCUGACUUCAUUCAGACUCUGGAAGUCUCAUUGGCUUCCCUGACACGGUACCGGCUGUGGUUAUCAGAUGCCCUGGGUGAGACUCAGCUGAGCGUCUUCGAGGGGGACAUCAGGGACCGCGAGCUGGUGGCGCGCGCCUGCACGGGCGCGUCGCUCGUCUUCCACACGGCCGCGCUCAUUGACGUCAUCGGAGCCGUGGACCCUAGUGAACUCUAUGGAGUGAACGUCAAAGGUACCCAGCUGCUCCUGGAGACCUGCAUCCAGGAGAAAGUGGCUUCCUUCGUCUACACCAGCAGCAUUGAGGUUACCGGUCCAAACUCUCACGGUGAGCCCAUCAUCUGUGGCAACGAGGACACCCCGUACGUGUGCUGCUUGAAGUUUCCUUAUAGCCAGAGCAAGAAGGAAGCGGAGCAGCUUUGCCUGGGGCGGAAUGGGGCUCGAAUGGCCACCUGUGUCCUGAGGCCCAUGUACAUCUACGGAGAGGGCUGCCGCUUCACGCUCGGACACAUGCGGGACGGGAUCAAGAAUGGCGACGUGCUGCUGCGGAUGUCUCGGCGUGAGGCUAAGGUGAAUCCCGUCUACGUGGGGAACGUCGCGGUCGCGCACCUCCAGGCUGCCCGCGCCCUGAGGGAGCCGCAGAAGAGGCUGGUGGUGGGCGGAAACAUUUACUACGUCUCAGACGACACACCGCCCAUCAGCUACUCCGACUUCAACCAUGCCGUCCUGGCACCCCUGGGCUUCGGCAUACAGGACAGACAUGUCCUCCCCUUCCUCCUUCUCUACCUCAUUUCCUUCCUCAUGGAGCUGCUCCAAGCUGUGCUCCGCCCCCUUUUGAAGUUUACUCCGCCCCUGAAUCGGCAGCUUCUGGUCAUGCUGAACACACCCUUCAGCUUCUCUUAUGAAAAGGCCCACAGGGAUCUGGGAUAUACCCCUCGCUAUGACUGGGCAGAAGCACGCCAAAGAACGACCGACUGGCUGGCGUCUAUCCUGCCCAGAGAAAGAGAGCGAAUCAGUGUGAAAUGAAAGGGAAAUAAAACCAUCUACUAAUGCAGAUGACCACAAAAUCAGUUAAGAUCAAGUAUUAGACUACAGUAUUAGGCUGUAGUAAUAAACUGUAGUAUUAAACUGUAUUAUUAGACUACAGUAUUAGGCUGUAGUAAUAAACUGUAUUAUUAGACUACAGUAUUAGACUACAGUAUUAGGCCGUAGUAAUAAACUGUAGCAUUAAACUGUAUUAUUAGACUACAGUAUUAAGAUAUAGGUUGUUUUCAGUAGAUCUUUAAACUUUUAUCAUAAAGGGGCUCUUGGCUAGGUCACUACAGCCUAUAUUUUGAAUUGUAACAUUUUAAAGUUUAUCAUUUAACUAAACUUCUUUAAGUAAUGAUUGAUUCUAAUUCAACAAAAUGUAAUCAAUAAAAUAAC